CUUGCGCGCUCCCCGCCGCGACCUACUCGCGCGAGGAAUCGACUCGAUCGCCUUUGGAAGGCGCUGGGCGGCUCCGCUUUCGAGGGGAGGGUUCCGGGCCCUCGGCGUGACCUUGGCGGAAGAAUGAGUGUGGACUGGCUUGGCUAUGGUUAUGCAGCACUGGUUGCUUCAGGUGGAAUAGCUGGCUAUGCAAAAGCAGGUAGUGUCCCCUCCCUGGCUGCUGGUCUCCUGUUUGGUGGUUUAGCAGGAUUGGGUGCUUAUCAACAGUCUCAGGAUCCAAAGAAUGUUUGGCUUUCUCUAAUUGCAUCUGGGACUUUGACUGGCGUGAUGGGAAUGAGAUUCUAUAACUCCAGAAAAUUCAUGCCUGCAGGGUUAAUUGCUGGUGUCAGUCUACUAAUGGUGGGCAAACUUGGACUACAGAUGAUGGAGAAACCCCUUCAGCCAUAAUUGUGCAGCAGAUGAAAAGCAGGUUAAGAUGCCCGAAGACGCAGCUUUCUGAAUGCCUACCUGGAACAAGCAAUGAAGACAACUGAAAUUCUUGGAUUUUUUAAAGUUUCGCAUCUGCAAGGAUACUUGUAACUACCAACGUAGUAUGUUUCUAUGUGAUCAGGAUAUUAUCUUUAUUGGCUCCUUUUGCACAAUUGUGUAGAGACAGUGACUACAGAAUUACAAAUUUCAUGUCUCAUUUUUUAGAUUUAUACCAAGAGCUUUGAGCACUUUAAGAUCAUGAAUGGGAGAAAGUGAUGAUGGUAACCAUCGUACAUGCCUAUCAUGAAACAUGCUUGCUUAAUUUGUUCCUUAUCUCCCUGUCUUCAGUUCUGCAUUUGUCUUGACAAGAUGAAAUUCUGGAUGCUCUAUACAGGAAUUUCUUAACUUAAAUGUGUAUCCUUUCUUAAGCAGUUGCUAUCAAGGCAAAACAUUUAAGAAAAUAGUCUAAAAACAGUAUUUCAUCCCCUUUAAAAGAAGGUGAAAGGUUGCUAAAUUUCUGUAAAAAGCCACUGGAAUAAUGACAUGUACUAAUAAAAGAAACUUUUGGGGUUUCAAA